AUGGACGGAAUACCCGUCUUGGGCAUCGAGGUGUUGGGUCCGGAGAGGCGGACGCCCGUCGAGGUUGUGCGACAGCUCCGUGCGUCGCAGCCCUCAUCACAGCCUGCGUCAGAGGGUACAUCGCAGCGCGAGCCUCCGCAGUCGUUGUUGCGGCGAACCGGUGAGACAGGGCGGUCAUCACAGUCCUCAAAAUCGCGAUCGCUGUCGCCAUCCCGAAGGCUCCCAGCACCUGGCGAGGUCCCAUGGCAGAAGUUCUGGAACACGAAGGAUGCACGGGAUCAAGGCCAGGGCAGGAGCCGAAUCAGGCAAGCGUCGGCUCGGGCAUCAAGCCGCAGUCCUUCCACGCGGCCGUCCAGCCCACUGAUGGUAGACAGUCGGUCGGCGUCAAUGAACGAAAGGAGGCGACCAGCAGAGCUUCAGUCGCAGGAGAAAGCGCCACAAACGCGCGACUUCUCGCCAUACUCGCCUCUGUUCAGAGUCUCCUGGGAUCCCUCCACAG